GGACUACUUCACACUUCACAGACAAUCGGCGUCUGCGUUAGCUGCAAUACGUCCGUACCGCGUGGUCCGCGUAUUAUAAUAUCCGUCACACAUUGCAUACAAUUUAUUAAUAUAUUAUUAUAAUAUUAAAAUAUCAGUACACAAAUACACGACAACGACAAUUAUAUUAUCGUCGUUACACGUCAAGUCGCGCCGAGAAAUCAAACCGCAAAACCGGAAUAUAGGAACAAUACUGCACCGUGACUUCACAAAUCCACCUCAUAUCGUGUUGUGAAGACGUGUUGUUGUUUUUUGAAUCUCCCGAAUCCGAUCAUCACAACACGCUCUCCAGCCAGUGACGAGAACAUAACAAUGCUCGUGCAAAUCGCAGCUGCAGUGCUUUGGACCGUCGGUCUAGCAUGUGGAUCACCAAGUCACGGAGAAAACGAACAAUCAUUUGGUUACGACUCUGGAGAGCUUGAUCCUUCGCAUUGGGCAAACGAGUAUAAAACAUGUUCAGGAAAAUAUCAAUCACCAAUCGACAUCGAGGAAAAUCUUGUGACAAAAGUAAAUCUACCACUUUUGCGUUUUCACAAUAUUGACACACUUCCCACAUCAACAACCAUAACAAAUAAUGGACAUACAGUGGUAUUACAACUGAAUUAUACUGCACCAGUAAUGAUUAGUGGAGGACCACUGACUCCAACCUACAGAUUUACUCAACUACAUUUCCAUUGGGGUGUUAAUGACUCGUUGGGCAGUGAAGACCUCAUUAACAACCAUAGUUAUCCGAUGGAAUUGCAUAUGGUAUUUUCAAACACAGAUUACGAUGAUGAAAAAAUAGCCUUAACAAAAAAUGAUGGAUUGGUUGUUUUAGCCAUGUUCUUUGAAAUAACCCAAGAAGACAAUCCUGUAUACUCAGAAAUCGUCAACACCUUGGGUCAAAUAAAUAUGCCUGAUCAAACAUCAAAUUUACUAGUUGGAUUCACCAUUAGAUCCAUGUUACCCGAAUCGACCGAACUCUAUUUCACAUACAAGGGUUCCUUAACUACACCGCCUUGCUUGGAAGUCGUUACAUGGAUAGAUUUCAAACAUCCGAUUCAACUAUCUCAUAACCAAGUUCAAGCUUUUCGUAUGUUGCGUUCAAAACAUGGACAACUAACACACAAUUCUAGGCCUGUACAAGAGUUGUCAGGGAGACCUGUGUGGUAUAACGUAGGCGGGUUUGCGGCUUUGAAUACCCCAACUAUUCAAAAAAAUACCGCUGCAUCAUUUGGUCUUGCCAUUUCCAAAAUUUUCAUGUUAUUGUGUUGCAAACUCGCUACACUAACUCUAUUCUGAUUCUUCUAAUGUAUUUAAAACCAACUUCAACCAUCAACAGAGUUUUGUUAAAUUAUUAUGGUCCAUGAAAAGGAUAAUUACACUAUAUAUUAAUCAAUAUGUAUAUAUAUAAUAUACAUAAAAUAAAAAUUGUAUAACUAUAUUUAUGUGAUAGAUCUCAACAGUUUAUUAGUCUUAUACGUUUUGUGUAUUUUACUUCUAUUUAAUGAAACAUUUUUUGUAUUUUAGUAUUUUACUAUUAUUUUUCGUAAAAAUUAUGUACUAAGAUUUUUUUCUUACCUAUAAUUUUAUUAUUUUACCAUUUAUUUUUUAUACUAACAAUUUUAAAUGCCUAUAUUUAAUUCUUGUGAAUUAUUUGGUUUGAAUAAAUAUCAUUGAAAUAUAUUUUAAAAACAAUUGUAUCAUAACAGAACAAUAGUUUUCACUUUUAUAAGCAAAUGAUAUGAUUUGUAUUCAAUAAAAAUUAUGGCAAAAU